UUCCGCGGUGCGCCCCUCGCCAAGGUAGUCUUCCGCGACCCGUACCGGUUUAAAAAGCGGACAGAGCUGUUCAUCGCAGCAGAGGGCAUCCAUACGGGCCAGUUUGUGUACUGCGGCAAGAAAGCUCAGCUCAACAUCGGUAAUGUGCUUCCUGUGGGCACCAUGCCCGAGGGUACCAUCGUAUGCUGCUUGGAGGAGAAACCUGGGGACAGGGGCAAGCUGGCACGCGCCUCCGGAAACUACGCGACUGUCAUUUCCCACAACCUCGAGACCAAGAAGACCCGCGUGAAGCUGCCCUCUGGUUCCAAGAAGGUCAUCUCUUCAGCCAACAGAGCAGUGGUGGGUGUGGUAGCUGGUGGUGGCCGCAUUGACAAGCCCAUCUUGAAGGCAGGCCGUGCCUACCACAAGUAUAAGGCAAAGAGAAAUUGCUGGCCACGUGUACGGGGUGUGGCCAUGAACCCAGUGGAGCAUCCUUUUGGAGGUGGCAAUCACCAGCACAUUGGAAAGCCCUCUACCAUCCGCAGAGAUGCCCCGGCUGGGCGGAAAGUGGGUCUCAUUGCUGCUCGUCGG